AUGUCGACUUCAACGAACGAAGACAAGGUCGUCCCAAAGGAGUCCUACGCCACAGUCAUGACCGAAAAGGCGCCAUCUGACGAUGUCUCCAACGGCAACGUCGUCGACGUGACUGCUGGUUCACAGGCACUACACCGCAAGCUGAAGGGACCUGAGGUGCAGCUCUUUGCCAUCGGCGGAGCUAUUGGCACUUCACUCUACGUACAAAUGGGCUCUGCCCUGCCCAAAGGUGGCCCUAUCGGUCUCCUCCUCGCCUUUCUGAUCUGGGGCGCCGUCAUGUGGUGUGUCAACGAAUGCUUCGCCGAGAUGGUCACCUACGUCCCCGUCACAUCCCCCUUCAUCCGCUUCGGCAGCGAGUGGGUGGACGGGGCUCUGGGCUUCGCAAUGUCCUGGAACUUCUUCUUGAACAUGGCCUUCCUGGUUCCCUUCGAGAUCGCCGCGAUGAACCUCAUGUUCGGCUAUUGGACCGACAAGGUGCCUGUCAUUGCUGUCAUUGUCGUUAUGAUUGUGCUGUACGGUCUGCUCAACGUUAUCUCGGUGCGGUACUUUGGCAUUGCUGAGUUCUACCUAUCUAUCUUCAAGGUGCUCCUCAUGUUGGGUCUGUUCAUGUUCACCUUCAUCACCAUGGUUGGUGGCAACCCAAUCCACGACAAGUAUGGCUUUCGAUAUUGGACGGAGCCUGGACCAUUUGAGAACUACCUGGUUCCUGGUGGUGCCGGUAUCUUCUGUGGUAUCCUGUCAUGUAUCUACCAAGCCAGCUUCUCCAUCUGUGGACCCGAGUACAUCUCCGUCGUGGCAGCUGAGACAGAGAACCCACGAAAAGUGCUCCCCGCAGCAUUCCGCUCAUUCGUCUGGCGCAUCCUGCUCUUCUUCGUCGGCUCAGCGUUAUGCAUGGGCAUCGUCGUCGCCUCGAACGAUGAGACCCUCCUCACGGUCCUCAGCAGCGACAAGAGCUCAACCGGCGCGGCUUCACCAUACGUAAUCGCCAUGCAACGCCUCCACGUCUCCGAAGCCCUCGCCUCGAUCGUCAACGCCCUGAUCAUGACCUCCAUCUUCAGCGCCGGCAACGGCCUCCUCUUCGCCGCAACCCGCACCCUGCACGGCAUGGCGCUCGAAGGCCACGCGCCGCGCUUCUUCGGCAAGUGCACCAACGCCGGCGUGCCCAUCUAUGCACUCUUCUUCUCGCUCUCCAUCUGCCUCCUCGCCUUCCUCCAGGUCAACAACUCCUCGUACGCCGUCAUCGGCUACCUCAUCGGCCUCGUCACCGCCUGCCAACUGCUCAACUAUGGUGCGACAGCCGUGGUCUACCGCCACUUUUACGCCGCGCUGCAGAAACAGGGGAUCUCGAGGGAUACGCUGCCGUAUAAGGGUCGCUUUCAGCCGUAUACUUCUUAUGUGGCUAUGUUUGGCACUGCGUUUAUGCUGCUUGCUAGUGGGUACAACUUGUUCCUGACUGGUGGGUGGGAUCUCAAGUGGUUCUUCUUGACGUACAGCAUGAUUGGAUUCUUCGUUGUCUUGUUCAUUGGCUGGAAGUUGUGGUUCAAGACGACGUAUGUGAGGCCUGGCACUGCGGAUAUCAGUAUUGGUGGAUUGAAGGAUGAGAUCGAUGAGUAUGAGGCGCUGUAUAUGCCAAGACCUAGGGGCAAGGUGUUGAGGCUGUUGGGGAAGGUUUUUGACUAG